GAGAAACACGACCACGCCGACCGAUACCGUACACAGCCAGUUAAAAUAAAUAUCUUGAAAGCAAAAAAUUGCGAAGGAACCACUGCUGCCGAUAUCAUCCAAAUUUAGUGCUUUUACGAUUCGAUACGACGAAAAUAGUGUAUAGUUGUUGUCUUGGUCAACGCCAAGAAAAGCAUUACCAAUUCUAGGUGAAUCAAUUAGGAUGUUUCCGUAUAGCUCCAUGCUUGCAGCCAGCCAGCCAGACAGGAUAAUUUGCCUCUCCUCGUUGCGUCGACAGUGAAUGAACCACCCUCGGCAAAGGGAAAAGUAUCUCAUUUUCCCGUAUAGUGGAGUUCAGUACUUAGUGAGAAAAUCGAUUCAGUUCGAAGUGUGACAACGAAAAACAGAGAGCGCAAAGGAGUUUUCCGUGCUUCACGUAAUUCAGUGGCUGCAGCUUGGCUCGAUAGUUUGGUGUCUAAUUUUAUAAGCAGAUAAUUUUCACAUCAAUAAGUGCAAGUGAAUCUGACUGUUGACAAACGUGAACCAGGCGGGUGGAAAAUUAAAAAUAAGUAGCGAGAAAAAAUCGAUCCGGCAGGAAGUCUAAUGGGUGGAAUAAAGGAUGGAAGCGAAGAAAUGGCCCUUGGUGUGUAAAUAUUGUAUCUACGCGUGACACCAAAAAAGAAGGUUAUCGAAAAGUGAAAAAAGGAAAAUCGAAAUUUUACUGUGAUUCUUAGUUUAAAAAUACGAAAAAUUCAAACAGCACGACGGCACAUACCAUCGGCCGUAGCACAAAAUAAAGGCAAACAGUGUGCAAACCUGGGUGAUUUUUCUCCCCCAUCAGCGACGAGUACGUGACACUGAGUGUUCCGAAAACUCUCGCUCGAGUCUAACAAAAGCAGCAAAAAAAUAAACCCACCGUGAUCAUCAUAUUCGUCAACCCAAGAAGGCAGCCAUGACGACCGGUAGCGCAGCAUCCUCGGCCACGUCCAGCGCCGCAAACACCCAACGGAUGGGGUCGAUAGUGCUCAAAAGCCUCUCGAUUCUGCUAGGGUUGUUCUUCAUCUUCAUCGGACUGAUGAAACUCACGCCUCACAUCAGCAAGGACCUGCAUCGGGAUUUGCGAAAGAAUUACGUCAAAUAUGCCAAAGUGUUUCCGUUCUCAACGUUAUUCGAUUUCAAGCUACCCUCCAAGUGGUACCGCAGGUCGGUCGGCGGAUUGGAGGUGCUGUGCGGCUUGGCGAUGGUGGUCAUUCCGAACCAUAAAAUAAAAAAUGCGGCUAACAUGACCCUGUUGAUGCUGAUGUUCCUGGCCGUUUACUCCCACUACAUGGUGAGUGAUCCGUUCGAGCGCUGUGGACCAGCUCUAGUAUUCACAUUCAUGCUAAUUGGACGACUAGUGAUAUGGUACCAGGCGAGCCGACGAGAGGCUCUAAAUGCUGCGGAAAAGACCACCAACAAUGGUGUCAAACAGGACUAAACAUCGCAACGAUUGAAAUCUAUGAUCUCAUCAAUUAAGAAAACAUUUUAAAAACAAAAGUUACUUGCACGUACUUACAGAUCUUAGGUUAUUCCUCUGGCUGACGCAGAGCAAUUGCAAAACGAAACGAGAUCGCGCGGUUGAUGUUUCUCAUGUCUCCAUCCCCUACAAUCACACUCUAAAUGUCCUUAAAACGGGAUAGGACACAUCUCCAGCGAAAGGACAUAACGAUGACAUUCUCCUUUCCUACUUAUUGCGACCAGAGCAGAGCUGGAAUCUCAAUCUGCUGCCAAUCCUUUACUAAACAAAAUAUCUGUCUCUCGUUCCUAUCUCUAAACAUGAUAUACGAAACGCCAACUCAUCUUUUCCAUCGAAACAUUGUCGACAUUCAAUCUGUCGUGGAAAUGACGAAAACGAUACUAUCCGUAAGACUAACAAUUUGCUAAAGAACAUGUGAAGGAGCUACUUAUGUAAAGAAAAUACAAAACUUCGUUUUAAUAGUUAAAUGUGUUCAUUUUUAGUCAAAUGCAGAAUUUGUCACGAGAACAAUCUCUAGUCAGUUGUAAAAUUUCUUUGCCGACAAAGCUUGGCGACCAAUUUGGCGCCCAACGUUUCAUUCUUAUCUGUUUUGAAGAUAAGCUUAAAAGACUUCAGCGAAAAUGCGUUUUUGUUUGAAUAGUAAUACGUACACACAUCAAUAGAUGGGUCACAUACACAAAUAGUGAAAAUACAUUGUGCACACACGUUUGUUUCAUAUAGCAAUGUAAGAUCGUAAAUUGUUUAUUACGAGAGCAAUAAAAGGAGCAUUACACGCAAAUUAAAAUAACAUUGUUGCACACAUCUUCUAUUUGGAAAGCAAAAGUUGAUGGAAGAUUUUCUACAGUAAAAAUUACUAUCAAACAAAUUUUAAUCAAGUAAACAAAACGAAAAUAAGAACAAAAAGACAAGAACUAAUGCACAUGAUGUAAACAUCGUAAAUUAGAGAAAAGAAUGCACUUAAAAAGAGAGAUGAACCACAUUAAAAAUGUAUCGCAACAUAUAAUAACACACAAUAGGAACAAAGGAACAAACGGAUUAAAACUAAUUUAAAAUGCAUCCUUAACCAACAGAUGUCCCAAACAAUGCAAUCAUCGAUGAAAUAAAAAGGAAAAAAAUCCCAAGCUAUAAAAGUUUAUAUACAAAAGUCACAAAAAUAAAGUAAAAUCACUUUCGAAAUAGAAAAA